AUGUCGGAGAAAUACCCUUUAGAUAGAUGCUUUGAAAUGAAAACAGUUGAUGACUGGAAUAGUAUCGAUCCAAACGAAACAGAUCUUGUUUUAUUCACCGAACCUUUCGCAGAGCAACAGAAUGAGUCCCGCUUACAUCGCAUAUUCCAAAGCAUGCUAGAUUCUUGUAAGAUGCCGAGCAAGGAAUUUAGAAUCGAUAUUGUGAUAGUCUCCGAAAACUUAAAGGUCAACCAAUGGAAGGAGAAUCAUGACGAUAAUGAGAUCUUCAAAAACGUUAUUGAGCUGUUUAUGCCAACUGAUGAAAACAACCCACUGAAUCUAGAAAAACGUAAUUUUUUAGCUAUACUUAGGCCAGUGACGGAACAAGUGAGACUUGGGAAAGUCAGUGUUAUUACAUUGACGAAUUUGCAGGCAAAAUACAAGUAUAAUACUUCCUUUGUCGAGGCUUGGCUCAACAAGUUUGAUAUAAUCUAUGCAGCUGUAAUCAAAGGACUGCUGAAUGUGAUAGUUACGUGUGAAUCAAGUUUCUUCGAAAAGGUUGUAGAGAACUAUACCACCCAUGCUCUACUGAAUCACAUAAUACAGCUACAAGAUAAAGCUUUUGUCAAUGUUGCUGUGAAAGAAGAGCCAGUAUCUUCCACACCCGAGAACCCAAGCUUUUCAAAUACAGGGGCACCAGCUGAAAAGGUAUUAAAAACUGUAGACGUACGCGUGAACAAAUUAAGAGUCACUGCACAGCCAUCUAUGAUAGACCAGAAAGAACUUAACAUGAUGUGGAAAAGAACGGAUAAAAACAAACAUGAAAUCUAUGAAGAAUGUGAGCGGAUAAGCAAGUUCAUAGAAAAUAUGUCAAGCUCCAUUGUGCACGUUUGGCCGGCUUACGACACAAAUGCAAAUGAUGAUAUCGUGUUUGUUGUAAUCACUACUAAGGACAUCGAUGACGAUCUGCAGGUCAAAGACAAACUUGAAAAGACUGGUUACAAUGUCUUUGUUACUCGUGUUGAUUCGUGUAGCAAAGAAUCAGAACAAGUUUUACAAAAAGUAGAUCAAUUGGAGACAAAUCAAUGCUUUUCUAAAUUAGAAGAUUUAGGAAGCGUUAUCAAUAAGCACUCUGACCGACUUCUACGAAAUCAUCAAUAUCUAUCUGCUAUAUCAGGAAGUAAUGUUAGAUCUGAAAGGUUUAGUUUAGGGCAAUCCGAGCAUUUUGUUUCUUUCCAAUCAUGCAUUGUUUUAUAUGUUAUUGCAAAAGGUAAAAUUCCACUGCACGAAAAUAAAUUUGAAGACAAUUUAGAUGGCAUUCCAGUUGAUGUUAGAGAAGGUAUUUUUCAGAGAACAAUUUUGCCGUCAGAAAGGUAUAGCAAACCUGUCAAAAUGGGUUGCCAAAUUACAUCAAAUAGGACUCAAUCAUUUGGAACGUUGGGUGGUUUCUUUUACCAUGAAGACUUUGGAUUAUGCGGUGUCACGUGUGCACAUGUUGUGUUAGACGAAGCAAUGAUACAUGAUUUAAGAGGAGAAAAGAAAGUUUGGUCAAGAGAAGAGUCGCCAAUGGUUUUCCAUCCAAACACAACACAAGAUGAAUAUAAGCUUGGUCCUGUGAAAGAAGCAGUUUACCGAACUGGAAGUGAAGAUUCAAGUGGUAUCGAUAUUGCUGUUUUCAAAAUAGAAGGUGCAACCCCUGAUUCCGGUUUUUUUCCAGAAGAACCAGAGAUGUGUUUCGAAACUGGAAGAACUCUAGGGACAUCUGAUCUAAAAAAGAAAACACCGGUCUUUAAAUAUGGGCGGACGACCGCACUCACUAGAGGGUAUAUUGAGUUUGAAAAUACCACUGUCCGAAUGAUUAAAUUUGAGCGUAAGUAUACACUUGGCAGCAAUGAGUAUACUUUUCUUUUAAAAAACCAAAUAGAAGUCAGACCUGAAUCAUCUUUAUGCACUCAAUUGUUCAAUGACUUUGGUGAUUCUGGUGCUUUCGUGUUCGUAAAGGACUCUGACAAUCAGUUAGUGUGUAUUGGAAUUUGUGUUGGUAAACUAAAUACAAACGGUGUUGUUAUCCCGAUAACUGCUGUUAAAGGGGAUCUCGGUAUUACAAAGUUUUGUGAUUUUAGAUUGAAUCGUCUUUGUGAGAAAAUCAAGGAAAUGGACAAAAAGCUAGACACGAUUCUAGUAAGGUUGCCUUCAAAUUCAAUGCAAUAAACCAAGAAACGACACAUUACUGUUUGUUCUUAGUCCUGACCUAUGGGGCUAUGGUUAAUUAUAGUGAAACAAAUGUCAAGGUAUGACCGUUUUGAGUCAUUUGAUGACCAUGCUUGUAUCUGUCGGCCAGAAACACGGACGAAUGCGAAUGUCAAAAGUAUUUCCGACAUCGCUGAGAAUUAUUUCCACGUUACCAUUCAGGUCCUGUCUAUUCUUUGGUCUUGGUAAUAAAAAUCGCAUUCUUUGAGAAUGAGACUUGAAAAUAAGACGUGUAAGCGGUACGUGCGUACCGAGGCCAUAAAUGACGAACAAUAUCUUUACGCUGAUUGUGUUUUUGUUGUUGUCUCUUUUUUGUUUAAUUUGUUUUUUUGGGUUUUUUUCC